AUGCUCCAAGCGGCCGAUGCACUUAGCUUGGCCGAUGGGCCUUGCAAGCUGACCUGCGCCGACUUCUUCCGCGAGAUGACGGAGCAGGCGGAGGACCUCGCGGGCGAGCGGGGCUUCGAGGCACCAGUGCCGGUCUCGCAGGGCUCGGACUCACUGCUUCCCAGCUCGGAGCGCUGGCCCUUGGCGCGCGCCCCGCGCGAGCUGGCGCGGGAGGUUGGGGCCAACAACACGGCAGCCACCCAGACCUGGGUCCGCACGGGUGCCAUCCCUCGCAUCAUUGAGAUCCCGGAGCUACAUCGGCCCCGGCCACGGAGCGAGAGCCCACCGAGGGAGCGCACUGCCGCUGCCGAGCAGCUGGCCGCCGUGGGGGUGAGCAUUGCCAGCAAGGCCUUUGCUGCCACGGCCACGGCCAUGAGGGAACGCUCCGCCACGGUAGCGGCCCUGGUGGAUGCCCAAUAUCCCAAGCGGUGGGCAGACGACGACGACCUGCCCGCCAUCGCCAUCCUGCCCGAGAAGCUGGUGGCACAGGUGCGCACAGAACCCAUGCCUGAGGAGCCCGAGGCCGCGCCGACGCAGGCCCGGCCCACGCUUCAACGGGCGCAGACGACUGAGGCUCGCCGGCGCCGGAGCGGCAACGUCAAAGAGCAGGUGGUCCGAAAUCGGAGUACUGGCCUUCGGGCCAUGCCGCAGAACUUCGGCAGCCUGGAGCUGAUGUUGUCCGGCGGCGGGGCGCUGAAGCAGAAGCCCAAAGCGAAAGCGCAGGGCAAGAGAUAG